GUGUGUGCUCUUUUUCAGUGAGUGAUCUGAGGAUUGUGCUGCUGGGAAAGAAUGGAUCAGAAAACAGCCGAGUGGCAAACACUUUACUGGGAACAGAAGUGUUUCACAGUGAAGCUUCAUCUUAUUCACAGCAGCACAGUGUGAGAAUCAGUGAAGAGAUGGAGGAGAGACACAUCACAGUUAUAAACACUCCUCACCUGCUCCAGCAGAAUCUCUCACAGCAUCAGAUCACACAGACAGUGAGAGAGUGUGUGUCUCUGUCUGCUCCAGGACCUCAUGUGAUCGUUCUCGUACUGCAGUAUAAUGACUUCAGAGAGAACGACAGACACAGAGUGAAAACUGUGCUGAACCUCUUCAGUGAGCAGGCCAUGAAACACACUAUAGUGCUGAUUACUGAUGAAGAGACACGCGGACACAUGUCUCCGUCUUAUGAGAGCACAAAUAAUGCUAUUCAUGAUUUAAUAAAGGAGUGUGGAGGAGGACAUCUACAGUUUGAUACAGUAAACACUAGAUGGCGCUCUAAGUUGUUUCAGAAAGAAGAAGAGAUACUCAAGAAAGAACAUGAAGAAUUUCUCCUCUGUAACAUGUAUGAGGAUGGAGGUGAUGGAUCAUCAGUGGAUGAAGAUCUGAGCAGAUCUGAAACUUCAGUCGGAGGAGAAGAGAAAGAGAAGAAGUGUUUUGAACUCAAAGAGAGCACAAAAACAGCAAGUGAUGGAGGAGAUCCAGAGGGUGUGAAGCUGAAUCUGCUUGUGUGUGGGAGUAACAGAGAAUUGAAAUCCUUCAUAUCAAACCUGAUCCUGAAGCAGAGCGAGAGAAGAUCAGAGCUGAGCUCAGAGUGUGUGAGGAGAGACGUGGAGCUUGAUGGACGUCUGAUCAGUCUGGUGGAGCUUCCAGCUCUGUUCAACACUCAGCUCUCAGAGGAUGAAGCGAUGCGUCAGACUCACCGCUGUGUGUCUCUCUGUCAUCCUGGAGUUCAUGUGUUCAUCCUCAUCAUUCCUGAUGCUCCACUUAAUAAGGAAGACAGAGCAGAAAUAGAGGAGAUCCAGAGGAUAUUCAGCUCAAGAGUCAACAAACACAUCAUGAUCUUCAUAAAGCAGAAUUCAGAGCAUCAGACAGCAGAACUCAAUGAAGAAACACAGUCUCUCAUUGAGAGAUCUGGAGGACGACAUCAUUUCAUCGACCUGAACACACAAGUGUCUGUGCUGAUGGAGAAACUGGAGCAGAUGGUUGAGGAAAACAGUGGUGUUUGUUUCUCCACAGAGACAUUGAUGGAGGCACAGAUGGAAAAACUACAAAAAUUAGAAGAAAUGAACAAGAGAGUCCAUUCAUUAGAGACGUGGUUUCAGUCACAAGAUUCAAGAGACAGAGAAGAUGAUCUGAGGAUUGUGCUGCUGGGAAAAACUGGAGUUGGGAAGAGUUCAACAGGAAACACCAUCUUAGGAAGAGUCAUGUUUAAAGCUGAAACAUCUCAAGAGUCUGUUACUGAAGUGUGUCAUCGAGAGAAAGCUGAAAUCAACGGCAGACACAUCACUGUGAUCGACACUCCAGGACUGUUUGAUACUGAACUCAGUAAUGAAGAAACCCAGAGAGAAAUCAGCAACUGCAUCCCAAUGAUCCUGCCUGGACCACAUGUGUUCAUCAUCGUGCUCAAUUUAGGACAACGAUUCACUCAAGAAGAGGAAACAUCAGUGAAGAUUAUCCAAGAGACAUUCGGUGAAAACUCAUUAAUGUACACUAUGGUGCUCUUCACCAGAGGAGACGAUCUGAAGAACAAAACCAUUGAACAGUUUUUGGGAAAACCUGGAUCUCCUUUGAUGAAGCUGAUUGAAGCGUGUGGAAACAGAUUCCAUGUGUUCAAUAAUAAAGAGACUGAAGACCGAACACAGGUGACUGAUCUACUGCAGAAGAUAGACAACAUGGUGAAAGAGAACGGAGAGAGUUACUACUCAUGUAAGAUGUUCAGAGAGAUGGAGAGAGAAAUACAAGAACAACAGAAGAACAUACUGAUGGAGAAAGUGGAGCAAGUGAAGAGAGAAAAAGAAGAACUGAUAAUGAAUCAUGAAGAAGAAAUAAAGAGAAUGAGUAUGAAGAUAGAGGAAGAACAACAGAAUCACGAGAAAGAGAGAAAGAGAAGAGAAGAAGAAUUUAUUGAGAGAGAAGAACGAUAUAAAAGAGACAUUAAAGAAAGAGAAGAACAAGAGAUGAAGAUACGAGAGGAGCUGAAGAAAGAACGAGAGGAAUGGGUGAAACAGAUGCAACAGGAAAGACAAAGAAGAGAAGAAGAGGAGGAGAAAUGGAGAAUGAGAGAACAGGAAAUAAUGGAGGAAGAACGACGGAAGCGUAACAAAGAGAGAAAGAGAAGAGAAGAGGAAUUUGACGAGAUGGAAGAGCAAUAUAAAACACGGGAACGAAAAGAAAGACAAAGAAGAGAUGAAGAGGAGGAGAGAAUCAGGAGAAAGAAACAACAGGAAGCAUAUGAUGAAUGUUUUGAGACUCUUAAACGAGAAAGAGAAAGACAACAACUUAAGUUGAAUUAUGAAGAACAGAUAAGGACAAUGAAGAUGAAGAUGGAAGAAGAAAGACAGAAUCAUGACAAAGAGAAAAAGAUGCUAGAAGAGCUGAAGAGAGAACGAGAGGAAUCGCAGAAACAGAAACAACAGUAAAGACAGAGA